AUGCGCAUCAACGAGCACACUGCCGUCACGACGGAGAAAGUGCUCUUGGUGCCUUAUUCUGCACAUCAUGUCCCGAAGUAUCAUGAAUGGAUGAAAGAUCCAGUAGGCGCCGUCUCCAGCCGAUAUCGUUACGAGUCUCAUGAUCAACAGGAAAUCCAACUAGCCACGGCUUCUGAACCUCUUACCUUGGACCAGGAGUAUGCAAUGCAACAAAGUUGGAGAGCCGACGCAGAUAAAUUGACCUUCAUCAUCUGCCGGUCCGGCCUCGCUCUUCCAGCAACCCGCGAGGGACGCCUAGAUGUCGGAUCCAUGAUUGGAGACGUCAACCUGUUCAUCUCGCUUGCAGAAGACGAAGCAAGCAAGCCCAUCUUCCUUGGCGAACUCGAACUCAUGAUUGCCGAACGAGGCGAGCAUCGCAAGGGAUACGGUCGAUGCGCGCUGUUGGCCUUUUUGCAAUACAUUAUUCGACACGAAAUGGACAUCUUGCAGGAGUUUCGACGUGCCCAACCGUCAUCGCAGCCUCUUGGCCAUCUGCGUCGGUUCGACCAUUUCGCUGUCAAGAUAGGGGAGUCGAAUCAUCGCAGUAUUGCGCUCUUUGAGGGCCUGGGCUUUCACAAGACUAGCGGUGCUCCUUCGUAUUUUGGAGAGUACGAGUUACGGCUCGGCCGGGAUGGGGUCGAUAAGCUGCUGAGCUCUGCGUCUCGUAUGACCAAGUUCGUGGAGGGCUACGAGGAGAUAGGCUAUUCAUGCCCAUCAUAA